UAUCAACUUAAAUUGGUGUUUUCAGGUAAAUCCAAGCGAAUGUCAAGAAGAAAAAAGUUUCGAUGGAACCCAGAGUCAGAGAUGAAGAAAAUGGAUUUCUUUGAACAACAAGAGAAAACAAACCAGGGAAAAGAGGAAACCGAUGAAACCGAAAAGAAAGAGGGAGAAGAUGAAGAUGGAGAUGGAAAUGCAGAAGAGGAGGAUGAAGAAGAUAUGAGUGAUGAUGAUUAUAAUCAGAAUAUAGAUUUUGACGACGACGAUGAUGAUUUCAAUGAUGUAGAUGACGGGGAUGAUGAACCUAUCUAUUAAAUAUCAGUAUGGAGAAAGUUCUGCCCCUCCCGUGACAGGCUAUAGCUUCUGUAAUUUUAACAGGUUGGGAGUUCAAAUUGUACGUUAGCCUUAUCUGGCUUAUAUUUUUCUGCUAAUUUGUCUACCUCCUUGUAAAUGUUUAGUUUAAACAAGUAUACAACUUGAGCAGAGAGAAAUUUUGUUUACAGAAAACUUGAAAAA